CAUCAUUAUCUCUUUCUCUGGUCUUCAAUGGAUCCCAUAUUUCCCCUUCUCCGUACCCAAAAUUCUCCUGACCUCCAGAAACCAUGCUCAUAAACCUCUCCUCUUCUCCAAUUUCUCGCCGAUUUCCUUAUACUCUCUCCUGUUUCGACGACCCCGCCUCAUAUUUCCGGCGAAGAUCCAAAACCCAAUUCCCAAAAUCUCAUCUUUACCCCAAACUCCCCGCUUUGUCGGACCAGAGCUUCUACGGCAUCAAGAACAGGUUUUUGUUUGGAAACAAGAAGUGCGCAGAUGGGGAAGGGCUUGAUUUCAGGACAAGAGCUCUUGCUGGUGUUGAUUUGGGGAGUUUCGAAUCUGUUCUAGAGGCUUCUGCUGUUCUUACAGCCAUCAUCGUCGUCCACGAGACUGGUCAUUUCCUUGCAGCUUAUCUUCAGGGCAUUCGUGUAAGUAAGUUUGCAAUUGGGUUUGGUCCAAUUUUAGCAAAGUUCAACUCCAACAAUGUCGAAUACUCCCUUAGGGCGUUUCCCCUAGGUGGGUUUGUUGGGUUCCCUGAUAAUGAUCCAGACAGUGAUAUCCCAGUUGACGAUGAGAAUUUGCUUAAGAACAGACCGAUUUUGGAUAGAGUGAUCGUGGUUUCUGCUGGAAUUAUCGCAAACAUCAUCUUCGCUUACGCAAUAACCUUUGUUCAAGUGGUGUCUGUCGGAUUACCAGUUCAAGAGGCUUUUCCCGGUGUUCUUGUCCCUGAAGUUAGGGCCUUUUCAGCUGCUUCCCGUGAUGGAUUACUUCCUGGAGACGUAAUCCUAGCUGUUGAUGGCGCAGAAUUGCCCAAGACUGGCCCUGAUGCUGUUUCUAAGGUUGUUGACAUAGUAAAGAGAAACGCAAAGAACAUCGUGCUGCUCAAAAUCGAGAGAGGGAGUGAAGAUUUCGAAAUCGGGGUAACCCCGGAUAAGAAUUUCGAUGGAACGGGGAAGAUCGGGGUUCAGCUGUCACCGAACGUGAAAUUCUCAAAGGUUAGACCGAAGAACCUCUUCGAGGCGUUCACUUUCUCGGGUAGGGAGUUCAUCGGGCUGUCAUAUAACGUUUUGGACAGCCUGAAACAGACCUUUCUCAACUUCUCUCAGACAGCUAGUAAAGUUUCGGGUCCUGUUGCCAUCAUUGCAGUGGGUGCAGAGGUUGCAAGAUCAAACAUUGAUGGCCUUUACCAGUUUGCUGCAUUGCUUAAUCUUAACCUUGCAGUGAUAAAUCUUCUGCCUUUACCAGCUCUGGAUGGUGGAACGUUGGCUCUGAUCCUCAUAGAGGCGGCUCGAGGUGGAAGAAAGCUCCCUAUGGAGUUGGAGCAAGGGAUCAUGUCAUCGGGAAUCAUGCUUGUAAUAAUACUAGGCGUAUUCCUCAUCAUCAAGGAUACACUUAGUCUCGAUUUCAUCAAAGACAUGUUGUAGUCUCUCGGGAAAGAAGGGUGUUUUGAUGGAAACUCAAGGGCUCUUUUCUGGAAUUACCGGGAGAUGGAUCGAUCUGAUUUUCACUUUUUCAGCGGCAGGGAAUGGAUUUCUUUUGGAUACCGUCUUUUCGUCAGUCAUUUGCUGUAUAUCUCUUCUCUAUAUCAUUGCAAAAGACAAAGUUAUUGGUAACGAUUCUCUGGAAUGGAUAUGGCUUACAAACAGGAUUCAGGAUCAUUC